GAUACUCUCAAUUUCGAAUCCCCCCAAAAAAAAUACAUAAAAUUUCUAAAUGGGUUCUUGCAUUAGCAAAUGCAAACCCAAAAAAACAUGCAAAAAACAACAAAAUCAUCAAAAAUGCAAAUGCCAAUGCAAUGAAAAUAAUAAUGAUAUCCAACCAAUUACUCCUAUUAAAUUAGGAAUACAAGAAAAGGUUGUAAUUUCACAAGAGCCCAUUAUUUCUUCUCCUCCAAAAACCUCUUUGUCUUGUAAAUCAUCUCCUUUAACCAUUAAAACUAGCUACCCUCCUACGAGUUCGAGCUCGAUUUCAAGCUCGAACUCGUGUAAUUUAUCUUCCUCCCUUGUAUCUUCGUCGUCUUCGAUUUUAAGCUCAAAAUCGGAUGAUAAUCAAUCUUUUUCAAAUGAAUUUCUUUGGUCUUGUGUUAAGGAAAAUCCUCAACUACUAAAAAACGAAUAUUUUCCGAUUAGGGUUUCUAAUCUUAGAAGAACUUCUUUGCCCGUAAGAAGCAGACUCGACCCUAAAUUCUCCCCUGGAAGAAAACCCAAUCAACAAUCACAAAGGGUAGUUGUUAGAUCAACAGCCCAAAAGAGGCCUCGUUGUAGCUCACCGGGUAAUUUAACCCGUCAAAAGAGUUUUCGUAGGGAGCCCGAAUUUGAGCCCAAUAAUCGGCCCGUUUCGAGAAGUAGUAGAGAUUUUAGGCCCAUGUCACCUUCUUCAAGUAGAAGGGUUAGUGGUGAAGGAAGAAGUGUGUGUUCAUCAUCAAUGAGGAAGGAUCAUGGUGCAAAUGUUAGACCUCCAAGUCCAAGGAAAAACUAUAAUAAUAAUAAUAAUAAUAAUAAUAUGAGGAGAAAUGGUAGGUCCAAAAAUUUAAUGGUAAAGAAAGAAAAAGAAGAUGUUAUAAAAGGUGUAAAUUCAAAAAUUAAGGAAUUGAGCAUGGAAGAUUUGUGUCCAAACCAAGAUCAUAUGGAUUUGAUGCCAAAUGAAGAUGCUAAUAAUCCACAUAUUGCCCUGGAUUGUUUUAUUUUCCUUUAAAUAUUAUUUUAUUUGUUUGUGCAUGUAAAAAGAAUGAUUGUAUUUUGUAUUUUGUAUUUUUGUAUGUUUGUAUGUUUGAUAUUUUUCCCUUAGUUUUUUUGGAAGUAACAAAUAUUUUGGGAUUUUUGAGUUAUUUAUGUAAUAUUAAUGGGAUAAAGAUCAAGUCUUCAAAAUUUUGAUUUAUUUUAUUUUAGGUUUUAUUGUGUGGAA